CACUUCAUGGCUACAGACGUCACUUCAUGGCCCACUUACUGUACCUUGGCUUCCUAUCUGGGUACGCGCCAAACAGCACUGGGGCGGUACACCGCGUAAUUUAGCAUUUUAUCACCUCAAUCUCAGAGUAUCCGAUGGGAUGGUAAAAUCACAGAUAUUUGUUAUUUAAAUUAUCAAUGGCAUCUUCUAAAUCGACAGAUGAAGAUUAUCCGCUGAAAGCAGUGCAGAGAAGGUCCAGCGUUGAUGGUAGACGUCCCAAUAUGUCCAUGUCCAGAAUUGCGCUGGUGGGGAAGACUGGUGCUGGAAAAAGUUCAUCAGCCAAUACAAUCCUGGGGCGAGAUGCCUUCAGAUCAGCUGUCAGUGGGUACUCUGUCACCAGAGAGUGUUCUAAAGAGACAGGGGAGGUGGGGGGCAGGGAGGUCACCAUAGUGGACACACCUGGCCUGUUUGAUACUUCUCUCUCUGAGGAGACAGUGAAGAGAGAGAUAGCUAAAUGUGUCAACAUGUCAGCACCAGGUCCCCACGCCAUCAUAGUUGUGAUUAAAGUAGCUACCUUCACAGAGGAGGAGAGAAGUGCAGUGAAAAAGGUUGAGGAGAUAUUUGGGAAAGAUGCCAAAAAAUACACCAUGAUCCUUUUCACCCAUGGAGACAAAGUUAAAGGGGGCAUCGAAAAAUGUGUGGAGCAAGCUGGUGAAGACCUCAAGCUGAUUUUGAAGACAUUCGGGAAUAGGUACCACAUCUUCAAUAACAUGAAAACAAACGACCGUACCCAAGUCUGUGAGCUGUUUGAAAAGAUUGAUGACAUGGUUGCUGACAACAAUGGGGACUUCUACUCUAACUACACAUACCAAAAAGUGUCCAAAAUGCUGGAGGAGAGAGAGUCAAAGCUCAAGGAGGUAUAUGAGAAGAAACUACGAGAAGAAGUCAAGGCGCUUAAAUCAAAAUAUGAAGAAGCUAUGUGCGCACUGCUGGAGGAAAACCUGACUCUAAAAGAGGCUGAAAGGGAGGGCAGAAACAGAGAGAGUGAGAGAACUCAGAAGAGAUGGGACAAUCGCAUUCAAGAGACAAAGAGAUUUUAUGAUGGUUUAAAGAAGAGAACGCGAUAUGUUGUAGAGCAGGUCCCAGACACUGAGGACUUUGAUGACAUUGUUGGGCGAUACCCAGAGACCCUGUCCUUAAAAUGGAACUAACUACUGUAUAGGCUUAGUAGUGGUCAUUUGCAGUGAAUGCACACAAUUGAUGUGAUGGUAAACUACUUUGUAUCACAACAUGUGAUGAUAGGCCCUACUGUACAUUUGAAUGAUCUUUAAAUAAUAACAGAAUCACAAAUGAUAUGUGUAUAUUUGGUAGGCCUGUUUCUCAUUUUUCUACAGGAAAUGGUCAUUCUAAUUCUGUAACCAAAGUAUAAGAAAAUACAAUUGUUGCCUUGUUGAUGAAUUUGUAUUUAUUUUUCUAAUCCAAGUAUUGUCUAUUUUUUGUCAACAUUAAAACCUAUUUGAUGUGC